AUGGCACAAGCACAACCUGAGGAAAAGUACAGGAAAAUGAAAGACGCUAUGGCAACACCUUCAGCCAAAACAACCGCUGGCAGCAAUGGAGUGUCGUUCAAAUUCAAUGCACAUGCACCAGAAUUCGUGCCUGGAUUGCAGAACCAAAUCCCAGUUUCCGGUUAUUAUUACCCUUGGUUCCAUUAUCAUUGUGGAGAUGCUGCUGAUUCUGACUGGUUUGGUGUCCAAGAACCUGCUACUUAUAUGAUUUCUAAUCCUAAUCUCUCCAUCUCGAUACCUAGUUUUACUUCGAGAAAUGUCCUCAACAAUGAUCUACGUCAAAUGAUCAUCAAACAGGUGGAAUAUCAGUUGAGUGACAUGAGUCUUAUAGCAAACGAAUCCUUCUCCAAGCAAAUAAGUAAAGAUCCCGAAGGUUUUGUGCCAAUAUCCUUUAUUGCUUCUACAAAGAAAAUCAAGUCCCUCAUAACCAACCACCAGUUAUUGGCUCAAAUACUAAGGUUCUCUUCAAAUCUUGUUGUGAGUAAUGACGGUAAGAAGGUUCGACGGAAACACCCUUUCACCGAAAAAGACAGAGAGGAAGUGCAAUCCCGUACCGUUGUUGUAGAGAAUUUGCCUGAUGAUCACUCUCAUCAGAACCUUGACAAGAUUUUCGAUGUCGUUGGGAGUGUGAAGAACAUCCGAAUAUGUCAUCCCCAGGAAUACAAUUCUUCCCGGUUUAGAAGCGAUUUUAUCAUGUCGAACAAGCUACAUGCUCUUGUGGAGUAUGAAUCUAAAGAGAUUGCAGAGAAAGCGGUGGAGAAGUUAAACGACGAAUGGAAUUGGAGGAAAGGGCUUCGAGUGAGGCUGCUGCUUAGCCUUAGGCUCUCGCCAAAGUCUGUUCUGAAAGCAAGAAAAUCAGAAUUCGAUGGCAUGUUAGACGGCGAUGAUUCGCUGCUCGCCAAUUACUCUGAAGAUUCCUCUCUGUCAAACAAUGCCGAAUCAGUUGAGAACAAUGUUGAGGAUAAUGGUGUGGGAUCAAAAAGGGGAUGGGUUAAAGGGCGCGCCAAGGGCUGGGGACGCCUUCAAAACCACUGCGAAACAUCGGUGAAACAUAUGAUGAAGGGCCCAAGAAUGCCGGAUGGAACCAGGGGUUUCACCAUGGGGCGAGGCAAGCGGAUAACUUCAUCGGUGGGCUAAUAGAUGGCACAUUGUCUCCAGUCUAAUAGUUCUGCAUCUCGAGAAAGCAGUAGGAAAUUAUGGUUUAGUAGCCAUAUGCAUGGUCUAGCCUUUAAUAUGUUAUCAAUAAUUAAAGAUUGUAUAGUUUAGUACUGUUCUCUGCUAGCUAUUUUGAUAGCAAUUUUUUGUUUCCUGG